AUGGCUGACUCGGACGCUCCCCUGAACUGCACCGGCGAGGCUGCGGAUGACACCCGCCGUGGUCUCCGCAUCGGUGCCAUCUUCAUAAUCAUGUUUGCCUCGCUCCUUGGUGCCUUGGCACCCGUCUUGCUGGCUCGCCAAACGCGGAUGCACGUUCCCAAGUUCACCUUCUUCGUCUGCAAGUACGUAGGUACUGGUGUUAUUAUUGCCACUGCAUGGAUGCACUUGCUCGAUCCCGCCAUCGACAACUUCAGCGACCCAUGUGUUGCUGCCCGUGUUCCCGACUACCCCUGGGCUCUCGCCAUUGGUCUCAUGACCGUCAUGACCAUGUUCCUCGUCGAGCUGGUUGUGACCAGCUUCCAGAAGGACGACGAUCACGCCGCCGCCCAUGGCUCCGACAGCGAGGGUCCUUCGAUGGACUACAUUGCCAAGAAGCGCCCAGGCGUCACCGAGUCUACUGACUGCCCGCACGCCCCCGACCUCGAGCAGGCUGCUGGUAUCAACCCCAAGAGCAUUCCCGGCCGUCCUGACGACGUUAGCUACCCCCCUGGCGGUGAGGAUCACCUUGCUCACGCUCAAUCUCACAAGGAGGAUGAGACUGGUCUUGCUGGACAGCUUACCGCCAUCUUUGUGCUCGAAUUCGGUGUCAUCUUCCACAGUAUCUUUGUUGGCCUGACCCUGGGCACCACUGAGGAGCUUGUUGUUCUGCUCAUCGUCCUCGUCUUCCAUCAGAUGUUUGAGGGUCUUGGUCUCGGCUCCCGCAUUGCUACUGCCCCCUGGCCCAAGGACAAGAAGUGGCUUCCCUACCUCCUCUGCGUUGGCUUCGCCAUCUCGACUCCCGUGGGCAUCGCCGCAGGAAUGGGCGCCAAGCCUGCCAACGCCACUGACCAGAAGCUCACCAACGGCAUCUUUGACUCGAUCAGCGCCGGCAUUCUUAUGUACACCGGCCUCGUCGAGCUGCUUGCCCACGAGUUCAUGUUCAACCCUCACAUGCGCCGGUCUCCGCUCAAGAUCCAGCUCUUUGGCUUUGGCUGCAUCGCUUUCGGCGCUUUCAUCAUGGCCCUGCUUGCCAACUGGGCAUAA